CGCCCAUCUCCCAGCAGCAGACACGCGUCGAGCAGACUCACACGAUGUGACGCCGACGUCUGGACGACACCUCACUCCCUUCCAUGCACUUUGCACCAUUCUGCUACAUCCAAUUCCCAAUUGUUGGCUCCCGCCAUCAGGCCAACAUGGCAGUUGUUUCCUCCACAUCCGGGCCACAACGCCUGGACUCCAUUAUUGUGUGAAACUGGCUGAUAAAGCUCAUUAUUUCCCCACCUACGGCGCCGGGACGGCGGCAACGAAGAGCUGAUGUCUAACCAAGGAGUCCGGCGGAACGGUCCGGUGAAACUGCGACUAACAGUGUUGUGUGCCAAGAACCUGGUGAAGAAGGACUUCUUCCGUCUCCCUGAUCCCUUUGCCAAGGUGGUGGUGGACGGUUCUGGGCAGUGCCACUCCACAGACACUGUGAGGAACACGCUGGACCCCAAGUGGAAUCAACACUACGACCUAUACAUUGGAAAGUCCGACUCCAUCACCAUCAGUGUGUGGAACCACAAGAAGAUCCACAAGAAACAAGGUGCUGGCUUCCUGGGGUGUGUUCGCCUUCUAUCCAACGCCAUCAACCGCCUCAAAGACACAGGCUACCAGAGGCUAGACUUGAACAAGCUGAGUCCAAACGACAGCGACACAGUCCGAGGGCAGAUCGUGGUGAGCUUGCAGUCCAGGGAUCGAAUAGGCACAGGCGGCCCCGUGGUGGACUGCAGUCGACUGUUUGACAAUGAUCUUCCAGACGGCUGGGAGGAGAGGAGAACCGCAUCGGGACGAAUCCAGUACUUGAACCACAUCACACGCACCACACAGUGGGACCGGCCGACCAGGCCUGCGUCGGAGUACUCCAGCCCCGGGCGGCCGCUGAGCUGCAUCGUGGACGAGAACACUCCCGUGAGCACCAACGGGGCCACGCCCAUCAUGGCGCUGCCCCCCAGUGACGGUGAGCAGCGGGUGCAGGAGAGACGCGUUCGCUCCCAGAGGCACCGCAACUACAUGAGCAGAACUCACCUGCACACGCCUCCAGACCUCCCCGAGGGCUACGAGCAGAGGACCACGCAGCAAGGCCAGGUGUACUUCCUGCACACUCAGACAGGUGUCAGCACAUGGCACGACCCCAGAGUACCCAGAGACCUGAGUAACGUGAACUGUGAAGAACUGGGUCCUCUACCUCCUGGAUGGGAGAUCCGGAACACGGCCACAGGAAGAGUCUACUUCGUGGACCACAACAACCGAACCACGCAGUUCACCGACCCGCGCCUUUCUGCCAACCUGCAUCGAGUCCUGAAUCCAAGCUCCAAUGGCUCUCGAGGAGGCGUUGAAAGUCAGAAUGUGAGUCGCCAGAACCAGCUGAAGGAACAGGUCCAGCAGGCUCCGGUGUCCCCGGGUCAGCUCCCAGACGAGUCGGAGUGUCUCACGGUGCCCAAGUACAAGAGAGACCUUGUCCAGAAGCUGAAGAUCCUCCGACAGGAACUCUCCCAGCAACAGCCACAGGCCGGCCAUUGUCGCAUCGAGGUGUCCCGCGAGGAGAUCUUUGAGGAAUCCUAUCGGCAGGUGAUGAAGAUGAGGCCCAAGGACCUGUGGAAAAGGCUCAUGGUGAAAUUUCGUGGGGAAGAAGGACUGGACUAUGGAGGCGUGGCUAGAGAGUGGCUCUACUUGUUAUCACAUGAGAUGCUGAACCCGUACUACGGUCUCUUCCAAUACUCCCGAGACGACAUCUACACUCUGCAGAUCAACCCAGACUCUGCUGUCAACCCUGAGCACCUGUCUUACUUUCACUUUGUGGGGCGCAUCAUGGGGAUGGCAGUGUUCCACGGUCACUACAUCGAUGGAGGCUUCACCCUGCCCUUCUACAAACAGCUGCUGGGGAAACCCAUCACCCUGGAUGACAUGGAGUCUGUGGACCCAGACCUGCACAACAGCCUGGUGUGGAUCUUGGACAACGACAUCACAGGCGUGCUGGACCACACCUUCUGUGUGGAACACAACGCCUACGGCGAGAUCAUCCAGCAUGAGCUCAAGCCCAACGGGAAGAGCAUCCCCGUCACGCAGGACACCAAGAAGGAAUACGUCCGCCUCUACGUCAACUGGCGCUUCCUGCGUGGCAUCGAGGCCCAGUUCUUGGCUCUGCAGAAGGGCUUCAACGAGGUCAUCCCCCAGCACCUGCUGAAGGCUUUUGACGAGAAGGAGCUGGAGCUGAUCGUGUGUGGUCUGGGGAAGAUCGACAUCAGCGACUGGAAGUCCAACACCAGACUGAAACACUGCACGGCCGACAGCAACAUAGUCAAGUGGUUCUGGAAGGCUGUGGAGUCCUUUGAUGAGGAGCGGCGAGCACGCCUGCUGCAGUUUGUCACUGGGUCCUCCAGGGUCCCUCUGCAAGGCUUCAAGGCCCUCCAAGGUGCUGCAGGCCCUCGACUUUUUACCAUCCACCAGAUUGAUGCCAACGCCAACAACCUCCCCAAAGCCCACACGUGUUUCAACCGGAUCGACAUUCCGCCCUACGAGAGCUACGACAAACUGUACGACAAGCUGCUGACCGCCAUCGAGGAGACGUGCGGCUUCGCUGUGGAGUGACUGGAAAAGUGGGCGUGGCCUCCGCCAAUCCUGGACGAGUGUGAGCUCGGAUGAGCAAAAUAUUUCAUCCUCCAACACAUCUUUUAGUAUCCAGAAGACUGCAGCUGCUAAAAAACUCACCUUUUCUCCUUUCACCAAGCAUUUUUAUAAACACCAAAACAUGUAGCAACACACACACACACAAUUGGUGUGUUGGCCAGAGUACAGGGUAAGAAGGUAACCACAAGCACUCGCGGCAGGACAAAAAGCACUCGAUGCCAGGACGACACACUGAACCCUCUCCAAAGACGCUAGCAUCGCACCCGCAACCCUGUUUUACACGCGCCAUCUUUUCAUGUCCCAGGGGAAAUGGAAAGAAGGAUAUAAUAUAUCUAAUUUAUUAUUACAAGUCCCCUUUCUUAAAGCCAGGAAAGCAGAGUUUUGGGCCCCGGCUAGGAUGUGGUACCAGGAGCCCUCCCCUUUCUGCACCGCCGCUCUACCAUCGGAGCCACGCUUUUUUUGUUUCACGCAAAAAGGGUUUCAAUUUUCAAACACGAAAAAGAUUAACUCAUAAUUUCACACAAAAAGCUUUUUUUUAUGAAAUCAGUCAAAAGUCAGCAGAGCCUUUAAAAACCUACUUUUAUUUUGACUCUCAACUACACACUCAAAUGUUGAAGUCUGGACUCUACAAUUAUGACUUUUAAUGAUUUUUCUACAGGUUUUUUACCCUCGACCCACAAUUAUGACUUUUAUUUAUUUUCAAGGUUGUUGUUUUUCACUCUCCACUCGACAAUUAUGGAUUUGAAUGAUUUUCUGCAGGGUUUUUUUUUGUUGUUUGUUUUCACUCUUCACUCCCAAAUGAUAUUUUUUUAAAUUAUUUUUUCUGGGUUUUUUUUUUUUUUUUUACUCUAGACUCCACAAUAAUGAAUUUGAAUGAUGUUCUCUGGGUUUUUGGGUUUUUUUUCACUCUUGACUCCACGAUUAUGAAUUUUAAUUAUCUCCAGGUUUUUUUUUGUUUUUUUUUACACUUGACUCCACAAUUCUGAAUUUUAAUUAUUUUCUGCUGUUUUUUUUAGUUUUUUUUAGUUUUUUCACUCUUAACUCCACAAUUAUGAAUUUUAAUUAUUAUCUCCAGGUUUUUUUGUUUAUUUUUAAACUCUUGACUCUACAAUUAUGAUUUUCUCCGGGGUUUUCUUUGUGUUGUUGUUUUUUUUAUUUUAUUUUUUUCACUCUCAACUCCACAAUUAUGAACUGCAAUGAUUUUCUCCGGGUGUUUUUAUUUUAUUUAUUUUUUUAUCUCAAAUCCACAAUUAUUAAUUUUAAUUAUUUUCUCCGGAUUUUCUUUUUGUUUGUUUGUUUGUUUUUCACUCUCGACUCCACAAUUAUUAAUUUUAAUGACUUUCUCCGGGUUUUGUUUUUUGUUUUUAACUCUUGACUCCAAAAUUAUGAAUUUGAAUUAUUUUCUCCAGGUUUUUUUUUGUUUUUUUUUAACUCU